CCAAUAUUGUCAUCUUCUUCCCAACGCAUCCUUCCCCAAUUCACUGAACGAACCCCAAUCUCCAUUUCCGCCGGCGUCGUCUAUUCAUGUCACCUUCUCAUUUUGGAAGGUUCUCCACCGCCACUCACUUCAUCAUCACAGCCAUCUGAUUUUGUUACUGCUAGUUGGGGAGACAUUUUCAAAUUCAGAAUUAUUGACAUUGAUCAGCAUCUUAUCCUGAAUCAGAUUUCUCUAGUGCUGCGUAUUAAUCAAACACCAUGAAUUCCGUUGCAUCACUAUACAGAAGAUUAAGCAUCAGGGAUCUGAUCUCCAGCACUCCUGUUUACAACUCCGCCACUGAUGUAUCUGGAGAGGGAUUGAGUCUGGUGCUGAGGAGAUGGGCUAGCAAGAAAACUGCAGGAUCCACUAAAAAUGGCCGUGACUCGUUGCCCAAGAAUCUAGGGGUCAAAAAGUUUGGUGGAGAGAGAGUGAUACCCGGAAACAUCAUUGUUCGUCAAAGGGGUACACGUUUCCAUCCAGGGAACUACGUUGGCAUGGGUAGAGAUCACACCCUCUACGCCUUGAAGGAAGGCUGCGUGAAGUUUGAGCGCAACAAGCUAACUGGGCGCAAGUGGAUUCAUGUUGAGCCGAAGGAAGGCCAUGAGCUGCAUCCAGUUUACGCAAAGAUGAGCGACAUUGAUGCUGCGGCUGCAGCUGAGAUGAAGACGGCAGCUUAGCUCAGGUUGUGUUCACCGUGGUAAUGCAGCAUCCUGUUUGGCGAAAAUAGGCUGCUAACAUUUUGAAAGCAUAAACAAGUUUCAAUUUUUGAUUGUUUAGAUGUAAAAUGUUGUCAAUGACAGCAGCACUUGCCUUAAUUAUGCUUAAUAGGGUGUGGAAUUGUCUCAAUUGAAAUAACACACUUUGCAAUUGUGAGAUUUAUUGUGUUGGUUGUGCA